AUGGUUUCCUCUAGAUUACUUCUCUUCCUCUCUGCCAUUUUCAUAUUCACUGCUCAAGCAGUGGCCCAACCAUCCUUCCUUUAUCAUUUCUGUUUAAACGGCAAGGGAAACUACACCGCUAAUAGUACUUAUGAGGAAAACCUCAAUCACCUUCUCCCCUCCCUCUCAUCCAACACCGAAAUAGACUAUGGCUUCUACAACUCUUCUUAUGGCCAAAGCUCUGAUCAAGUACAUGCAAUAGGACUUUGUAGAGGAGAUGCUAACCCUGAUGUUUGCCGUGGUUGCCUCAAUAACGCUACGUCUCUUCUCAAGCAGCGCUGUCCAAAUCAGAAGGAGGCAAUUGGAUGGUACGACUACUGUAUGUUACGAUACUCAAACCGCUCUAUUUUUGGCGUCGAGGAAACUAGUCCAAGUUUCCAUAUGUGGAACUGGAACAACGUAUCAGCCAAUUACGUGAAUCAAUUCAACGAUGAUCUUAGGACCUUGAUGGACAGCCUAAGGAGUGAAGCUGCAGCAGGCGGUUCUCGUCGCAAGUUUGCUGCAAAGAAUGCAACUGCACCAGAAUUUAAAACAUUAUACGGACUUGUGCAGUGCACACCUGAUUUGUCUGAGCAAGAUUGCAACGAUUGCUUACGUGGGGCGAUUGAAGGUAUUCCACAAUGUUGUGAUGGAAAGCAAGGUGGGAGAGUCGUUAGACCCAGCUGUAAUAUCAGGUUUGAGCUCUACCCAUUCUAUAACUCGACAGCGACUGCGUCAUCUCCAGUAGCACCACCAGUAUCUCCUCCUCCACCAUUAACCAACACCAAUACAACAAAAGGGAGCGAGAGCAACACAUCCAGGACUGUUAUCAUUAUAAUUGUGCCAAUCGGUGCUUUUGUUGUACUAGUCAUCUCUAUCUGCAUAUACUUCAGAGUAAGGAGGAAGCCAAGAGUGAAAAUUGAAACUGAUGAUGAAAUUAGAAGCGUGGAAUCCUUGCAAUUUGACUUUGGCACUAUUAAAGUUGCGACAGAUAACUUUUCUGAAGAAAAUAAGCUUGGCCAAGGUGGAUUUGGGGCUGUUUAUAAGGGUAGGCUCUUCAAUGGACAAGUUAUAGCUGUAAAAAGACUAUCAACAAAUUCUGGACAAGGAGAUUUGGAAUUUAAAAAUGAGGUCUUAUUAGUGGCUAAACUUCAACACCGUAAUCUAGUUAGGCUCCUUGGCUUUUGCUUGGAAGGAAAUGAAAGACUAUUAAUCUAUGAGUUUGUGCCGAAUACAAGCCUUGAUCACUUCCUUUUCGAUCCAAUUAAGCGUUUACAUUUGGAUUGGCAAAGGCGCUACAAGAUUAUAGGAGGCAUUGCUAAAGGGAUUCUUUACCUUCACGAAGAUUCUCGACUUCGUAUUAUUCAUCGUGAUCUAAAGGCUAGCAACAUUCUUUUAGAUGCAGAAAUGAACUCGAAAAUUUCUGAUUUUGGCAUGGCAAGAUUGUUUUUAUUGGAUCAAACUCAAGGAAAUACAAGUAGAAUUGUUGGAACAUACGGAUAUAUGGCUCCAGAAUAUGCUAUGCAUGGACAAUUCUCUGUAAAGUCUGAUAUAUUUAGUUUUGGUGUUUUAGUGUUGGAAAUAUUGAGUGGACAGAAGAACAAUUGCUUCCGAAAUGGAGAGAAUGUAGAGGAUCUUCUAAGCUAUGUAUGGAAAAACUGGAGAGAGGGGACUGCUUCAAAUAUUGUGGAUCCAACAAUAAGUUUAGGCUCGACAACUGAAAUUAUGAGAUGCAUCCACAUUGCGUUACUAUGUGUUCAAGAAAAUGUAGCUAAUAGACCAACCAUGGCUUCAGUGGUUCUCAUGCUUAAUAGCUACUCCAUCACUCUUGUAGUACCCUCGGAACCUGCAUUUUUUAUGCAUAGUAACAUUGACUUGGAAACAACAUCUCAAUGGGAGCAAAGCAUACAGGUUUUGGAGUCAGAUGAAAGAUCUAAAAGCAACUCUGUCCAAGCCUCAGUAAAUGAGGCUUCAAUUACUGAGCUCUACCCGCGGUAGUGCUUUGUAGAAGAGUAAGAGUGUAUAUUUUGAAAUGUUAAACUACUUUGGGACAUGAUUCUGUAGUCUGUACCAUGUAGUAUAU